AUGCCCACAGCAUAUGUCGAUGGCUGCUCCUACAAUCACAAGGGCAAUUUAAAAGCUGGAGCGGGUGUGGUCUGGCUCAACAACGACCCUUGCCCACCACAACAAUUCAACUUAGGCCCUCAGUUGUCACAAUAUGCGGAAAUAGCGGCCAUCCUCAUCACCCUACAACUGGCUGCAUCCCACAACAUCAAAGAACUCCUCAUCUGUACCGACUCAAACUACGCCCGUCUAAGCUUCACCUGCCAUUUAGCUGGAUGGAAACAGAAUGGAUUCAAGACAGCUAACAACAAGCCUGUCAAGCAUCAGGAACUCUUCCAAGCAGGCGAUGCCAUUGUCUCCGAACACGACAUGAUCGUUUAUAGGAAAAAGGUUCAAGAACAUUCACGUCAACCAGGACAAGACAAAGACUUCAACGACCAAACUGAUGCCCUCGCCAAAGCAGGUGCAGUACAUGGAGAGUCCUGGACAUUUGAUGCCCUCCCACCCAACCCAUCAGUGGCAGCCGUAACCCGCCUCCAGCACGCCACUGGGAAGUGUGGAAACUCCUUGGUAUACAGGCCAAGCUCCAUAUAA